ACACCUUAAGGUCAGUAAGUAUUUCUAAAGGUAUACUAGUUCUGUUCUUCUUCUCAUCUAUUUUCAGACAUUUACGAAUGUCUAGGUGUGAGCGCCCCAAGAGCAUGUCGCGUAUUGAAAGAACGCGCAUUUAUUGUUGACGUUAACUUGCUGCGGUAAGACGUGAGAGAUGCAAGCAAGUGGAUCGGCUGUCGCCUCCCAUUGCCUGUCUGAAAUCGUGACAACUGCCGGUAGAAUGCUCACUUUCUUAUUCUAUCGGCAUCUCGUGAAAACAAGUUUCGUGAAGACACGUUUGGAUCCCAGACGAGGCACUUUUCCCAGCACUUUCGGUGUUGCUGCAAUGGCACUCUUAAGGUCUCCUUUCACGGACCUGACCUCGAGCUUCGAGAACUAUGAAGCCGUCAAGAGGUGCAGGGACUUCAACAUGCAGCUGUCGCUGUGCAAGGAGGCAUACGGCCUGCAUCGUUCCGACAAGAUGUGCCGCGACGAAUACGAGGAUUUCAGGGAGUGCAUCUUCGGCUUCAAACAGUUGAGAAGGGCACAGUUGAUCCAAGAAGAGAGGAAAAAACUGUACAAGAGCGGAGAGCUGAAAGACCAAUAUGCUGAGGCUCCACCAUUGGACAGCCUCAACAACCGUACCAACCCUCUCUGAGGAGGUCUAGCAUCUUUGCAGCUGAACAGAAAUAAAUUACAUACCACAUUCAGCAGAAAAA